UGAGAUUUUUCAUAUUUAUGACAUUUUUUUGUCCAAUUCCAGUAAAAUUGUAUUAUUUUGUUUUUGGACUGUAAAGGUAUAAAAAUGUAUGCAGCUUUACGAUAAAAUAGGUCAUUUUUAAUUCAGAGAAAACACCAUUGAGAAAUGUUUCUUUCGUUUUCAUUCUUAAUCUUCACUUGCUUGCAGAUGUUAAAACCGAAAUCUUUCGGUUCGUCUCUUAAUUUCUUAACCCCUUAACCUCUGAAUUUGAAAAAAAAAUAUGUAGAUUUUGGAAGCAAAGUGGUUUGUCGCAUAUUUGUGACAUUAGGCAUUAAGGGGUUAAUUGACUCAAUUUUCUACAGAAAACACAUGACGGGUUUUUGAAAUUUCCAGUCUGUAAAUUGGUUCUCGCUCAUAACAUUUUCAGUCUCACUAUGGUGCACUUGUGGAGGGGGGGGGCUCCACAGGUAUGCCGUCUGCUCGCCCACAUGCAGACAGCGCGAGUGUCGGCUGAGGAUGAUUCGUCUGUGUGUUCCGGACAUAGCUGUGUGACAGCCAGUACCAGAGAAAGCCUCGGGCCCCCCGGGGGGGCAUGACACCGACACAACAAGCAAUCUCCAGAAUCAGGGGAGAAAAGGGGAGGGAGCACGAGAGGAAAGGGAGUGUAUCUGUCUGUUGCACACUCAGACACCUUCCCUCCUCCGCAGUCAGUCUCACUUUUGUACACAAGAUAUUGAGAUCGGACGCAGAGCAGCCACCGGUUGCUCACAGACACUCAGAGGAGAGCACAGACAGCCUGCCUUAUGUGUGGCUCCUCUCAAGGCUUCACAGCCUCUUCACAUGAAUCCACCACAGCCAUGUUAGCCUCAGAAACAUCUCCAGAAGGCUUACCAAUGCCAGAAAACCAGGAUGUAGAUAUGACAUCGUGGAGUGAAAAGGAUUUUGAAGACAAGUACAUAUACACAGUGAAAGACCAUCCUCUAGAAGAGUCAGAAAACAGCUGCAAAACACGAGCAGAAAGGUCUCUACCAAGAAACCUUGCCCUAAAACGGUGCCACAAUCCGAAAGAGGUGCUUGGAGUCAUCAGUAAAGAGCUGAUCCCCAAGGGGACACGGUUUGGCCCCUUUGUGGGCGAACGCUACACCAAUGAACCAAAAGACGCCAACAGGAAGUACUUUUGGAGGGUGUUCCUGGGGAGGAACCUGCACCACAUCCUGGAUGGUUUAAAUGAAGAGCGCAGUAACUGGAUGCGGUACGUCAGUCCAGCUCGCGCCGCCCAGGAGCAGAAUUUGGUCGCAUGUCAAAGCGGCUUGGACAUCUAUUUCUUCAGCAUUAAGCCGCUUCUGCCAGGUCAGGAGCUCAAGGUGUGGUACUGCUCCGAAUUUGCCCAACGCUGUCACUACCUACAACUGGAGCAGCUGAUGGUCAACGAAAAUGAACAGAGAACUGCUCAUGAGAAGCCCUCGGGUAAAAGAGGCCACAGCGUCUCCGAAAUCCUCAGAGAAGAACCGGCUAAGUCCCGGCCGACCCUCCCCGGACGACUGGACGACUCUUCUCGAGUUUACAUCCCAGCAGUUCUUCCCUUGUGUCCCAGUGUCCUUUACCCAGUUCAACCCAUGUCAGAGUCUAUCUACAACCAUGGAUAUGUACCACUGCCCUCCUGCAGUCCUCCCACAGCCAAAAGGCCAGCACUAAGCAUUUCUAUACCCACAAGCCUUCACUUUGCUCUGCAGCCCAGUCAGGCCUACCGAGAAUCCUCUGCGCCAGAUCGCAUACCCUCUGCCUUCAGGCGUGGUCCGUUUCCACUGCCUCAUUACUCACUGGGUCUUCUACCUCAUUCAUACUCAUUUUACAGUGAUCGACUGAAACCUCCCUUUGCUGUGUCAUCUAACCUCUCGCCUUUUGACGGCUAUGCAACGCUUCUAAACCCUUUAGCGAGUGACUGUAAAGGUUUGCGACAAGUGCCAUCCAGCUCUAAGUCAAAUAUCAAGUCAUCAGUCGAGCAAAAAGACAGCAAGGACCUCACAUCUAAAAGAACAACCUACCUCAGGAGCACCUCUGAUGAACUCAGAGUUUUGAAGAGCUCACCUCGAAGGAACGCUGAGAUGGACCUCCCUGUGCCUUCCAAGGCUGGCAUCUCGCCCGUCAACACAGAACUCUGUGGAUCACUGCCUUCUUUUGCACCUGGAGGAUGUUCUCCACCAGCUGGCAUGGGAGCGUCCUCCAGCUGCCUCCCUUCUAAACCUACCUCCGCAAGUCAAAGCAUUACAGAGGAUUCAUUGGACCUGAGCAAGACCAAGCAAGAGGGGCAAAGCAUAGGCUACAAGACUCUGUCCUACCCUCUUACCAGAGAGAACGGAAAGAUUCGGUAUGAGUGCAACAUCUGUAAAAAAAUCUUCGGACAACUUUCCAACCUCAAGGUUCACUUGCGAGUUCACAGUGGUGAGCGCCCAUUCCGGUGUCAGACCUGCAACAAAAACUUCACACAGCUGGCACACCUGCAAAAACACUACCUGGUUCACACAGGAGAGAAGCCCCAUGAGUGCAAAGUGUGCCAUAAGCGAUUCAGCAGCACGAGCAACUUGAAGACCCACCUGCGGCUGCACUCCGGUGAGAGGCCUUACCAGUGCAAGCUGUGCCCAGCCAGGUUUACUCAGUUCAUCCACCUCAAGCUCCACAAGCGCCUGCACACCGGGGAGCGGCUUCACCGCUGUCCUCACUGUCCCUGUGCCUAUCUCCACUACUGCAGUCUGCAGGUGCACCUUCAAGGCUUCUGCCCUCUUUCCCCCUCAGCUUCCCGCAGACACUCGCCAGAGGAGCUACAUCGGGUUAACUGCGAGAUAGAAAGAUUUGACAGCAGCGAGGCCGCCGAGCAGCUCGAAGUGCUGUCUGCGGGGAUAGAUAUGGACCGAGUGAAUAUUUUCGACCUGAUAAAGAAGAUACACCUGGAGGGUGCGGGAGGGGAGUUAAGCCUCUGUAAAUCGCCAAAGGAGAGUUACGAGGGGCAGCUCCAACACAUUAGUCCCAUAUGCCUGAAUCCUUCAAGAAUCAAACUGGAAUCCAGCUGCGUUUCAGAGACUUAAAGAUGCCCCGUUAAUCCGGCCAAAUAAUCCUUACAGGUCAACUCAACAGCUGCGUAUUACUGCCCUAUCCGGAGAAAAGCCUUACCUCAAUCAUGGAUUGUGUGGCCUAUCGUCUAAAGGGACUGCAGAUCAUGAAAGGUCAAAACAGCACAGAGACAGGCUGAGCCUUGACUGAUGAUUUACUGUCGACAUUUUUGUCUAUUUAUUCUCUUUAUAAUUUUAAUCUAAUGUAUAAAAGCAUGGAAUUGCAAUAUUUUCUACUGUUUUUCUCGCAUCUCAGGAACAACUUGCUGAAAUGACAACUGAACCAGAAUUAUACAUAAAUAUAUUCUAUGUAAUUUCGGUUUCGCUGUGUGAGACUGAGAGUUUCUUUGUGUGUAUUUCUGAUUAAAGUGACAGCA